GAUUACGACUACGAAUAGCUGAUGACUAACGUUUCUAAGUAAUUAAAGUUGUGAUGUGCUGAAAGACAAUCCAACUAAAGAAUCUAAACGGUGACAAACAACCACUAUGGCCUCAUUCGAUUUUAAAUGGGAGAUCGAGAAUUAAGUCGACACAACCCGCACAUAUGCAUGUGUAGGUAUUGUUGGAUGUUACUGUGCUUACUAUUUUACGAUAUGGGUAAGGUUUAUAGCAGUGAUAGCCGCAUGGUUUGACGAAGACCUACCAAGACCAUGGUCGCAGGUUUGCAUCAGUUUCUUUUUGAAUUCAACACUGUGUUACUGUGUAACACGCACAUGAAAAGCAAUAAUUGAAAAAUCGAGAGGAAACAGCACAACUGAGGUUUUUUCAGUAUCUUAAGGUACAUCAGAAGCGAGUGACUUUAACUCUGACACCAGGUAAACUAACAUUAACUAGCAAAGAAAGAAAGGGAUAUUAUGUAAUCAAAUCAAUCUAUAAUUCUUCUUUUUCAAUUUAAAAAUAAACACAUUAUUUUUGCUUUUUCUUAGAGUAAAAGUCUAGAGUCGUUCUUUACAAAAGAUUGGUAAAUAUGGUUGUAAGUGGGAAGUUGGGAUGGCCACUGACUUAAGACAUACGAAUCUGUUAUUAUAAGUAUAGUCGCAAGUGUACUCGUUAAUUUAAUAAGCAAAAUCUGGUAAUAACCGUAAAAUGUUCCACCUUUAGCUGUGAAAACGGUAAGAUUUGUCAUAGUUUCUUACUAACUGAUUACGUUAAAAUUCUAUGUAUAUAUAAAUGAGUUUAUUUCUGCUACGAUAUUCACAAUAGUGUUUGCUAUUUGUUUCAAAGCCGCUAGAAUGAAGGGCCUGACUAUCGCAAUCGCUGUGACUAUCUUUAGUCUAGUAGAGUGUACGCCAAUUAAAUUUAAUACUCCGCCGCCGAUUUUUUACGAAUACGAUGACGAAGGCGACGAACCCAAGAAGCCAGAUGAAAACACUCUUUGGUAUCAACAAUAUCCGAAACCGGGAGAGCAUCCCUUCGAUGAAAUAGACUUGUCAUCGAUGCCUGGACUUGAUGGCCAGCAUAGAAGACAGAUGCUCAACUCCCACAUAAAAACGAUCUGGUCGGGAAAAAUACCAUAUAGGAACCAAGGUUUAUUGUGA